CAUCACAUCAAGGGUAUUUUUGGAAAGUCAACACCAAAAUAUCUCUCCCUUAAAUCCUCAAAAAAUAAAAAAUGGAAGUUUAUUUAGGGGAGUAUAAGAUUAACUUUUGUUACCAUCCUCCAAUAAUGCGAUUCAAGUUUUAUAACUCCUAUAAUCCCUUGUAAAAGCAAUUCUCUAAUGAUUUCCAAUCUACCUGAAGGCAUGGUGAAUGUUUCUGGUGCGAAGCGGAAGUGUAUGCCUCCUACCCUGGAAAGCGGGCCUCGGUCCCGCAAUUUAUCAGACGAAGAAGAGAAGGAGCUUCUGGAGGGGUUGCUACAUCCGCUAACCAAAGUUACUGAUGAAGAUAAAAAAAUGUACAUGUCACUUCUACGUCCAAAGGUUCAAGUGAAACCACCUGUAUUGCAGAAGAAGCCUAAGCAUAACUGUGGAGUGCAAAUACACACUUUCCCCAAUUUAGUUUAUAUGCCAGUUCUUGAUCAAGGGCCAACUGCUGAACCUACAUACCUCAAAAAGAGAAGAGAGCAAAAUGACCCAAACCCUUGGGAGAAGACAAGCGGGCUCACUCAAAAAGAACUACAACACAGGAACCUGCACUUGCGAUGGGCAUUGGCUCCUCUUGCUCGCUUCAACCGGAGACAUUCUACACAUUAUAAGCUUGUGGAAGUCAUUAACUGCAAUGCGUUUCUACUUCGUGGAUGCAAGACAUGGAUUCAUUGUGCUUUCAAAGCUGCAACCGAAACUUCUUCCGUGCCAGAACUCUUUUUUGCUGAAUUUUACCAAUACGAGCUUCAAAAGUAUCACUUCCUCAGUGUUACUCGUAUUACCAAUCGCAUCAAGACUACAUGUGAUGACUGCCGGUAUUGCAGAGGGAAGGGGAUUCCUCAUGCCGUCAACAAAUUCACUCAAGGGCAGAAGUACUAUGGCGGGCCUAUUUUACGCUCCAUGCGGCUCACUUAAAAUGUUAUGUUUGUCCCGUUCAAUGUCAAUGCAUCAUGGAUGCUAUGAUAAUUACUACUACCUCCGUUUCCAUGUAUUUGUCCAGUUUUGACUUUUUUCGGUCAACUGUUUCAACAUUUGACCUAUAAUUAAAUAAAAUAUAUAUUAUAUUUUAAUUAAAUAAAAUAAUAUUUUUAAAAUAUUUGAUAUAAUAAAUCUAAUACAACUCU